AUGGAAAUCGAGGAUAAGCAACCAGCAAAGAAAGCAGAGAAGUUCAUCCAAAAAGCAGGAUUACAAUCCAGUCAAAAUAUGUUGAAAGUCUGUGAUGCAAUGAUACUUAUAUUUUACUUAAUACUGUUUGUUACAUGAAAUAUUCAACAUCUUGAAGGCAAAGAUGCGAAAUAUUUUGUGGAGAUGUUCCUGAUCUGUAUUAUCUGCAGUCAAGUAUUCUUGUUCUCCCUUGGAUUCACAGCAAAGUGGAUAUAUACAGAAGACCGCUUGGGUAGAUGGAUCUCUCUGAGAAGGAUUCAAAAUAUCGCAAACAUUGUUUUAUUCCUUUUGCUAUUUCUUUCUGGCUAUCACGAAAUAUUUGGUUUUGUAAUUUUUAUAGUAACAUGCCCAAUUCAGUUCUUGUGAACAAGCAUGUGGAUUUAUACAAUCAGAUUUGAUGAGAUUGAGGAAAGACAAGGCCUGAUGGAAAACAAAGACCCAGUCAAGUUUGGGGCAGACGGUUUUAACCACUUUGAUGAGGAAAAUGAGGCAUAA